UUCUACCUCAAUAUCCCCUCCCGACUCCCCAUCAUCAUCAUCAUCUCUCUUUCUCUCUCUCAUGGCUUCCAGUGCAUACAGCAAGCUCAUGUGCCUUAGUGCAGCAUUUCUUUACUUAUCUGCGUUAUGUUGCCGUGCAGAAUAUUAUUAUGAAGAGGGUCCGAUGGAGAUACUGGAAAGGGCACUUAGAUGCUUUGAUGAUCGUGUGAUUCAGGUUUACAGGGAGUGUGCAUACGAAUACAGGUUGACGGCAGAUGGAUACAUGACAGUGCCAGAGGCUUCCACAGAGGCAUUUUGCAGUGGACCGUGCUUGGAGGAGACAGAUAUGGUGCUCCACUGUGUGGAUCGCAUUCUGGACCACUUUGAGUUUUAUAACAGGGCCACCAUACGAGAUGUGAGGGACACCAUCCGUGAUGCAUGCAGGGAAGGGAGAUGGCGAGGUCGUUUUGAUGUUUAUGAGCACAUGCAAGCGGGUAAAGCAGUGGAACCUGUCAACCAACUGAGUCAUCUUCCAUUGUUACUAGGAUUAAGUUUGAUGCUGCUACUACAGAAUUCAUUAUGAAUUAGCACUCGCACAUUUGCCAGGUCCAAGAAGACAGUUUGAGUAAUCUAGGUCAAUCCGGCAAAAUCCAAAGUUACUGACUCUUAUACUAGCACAACCAUUUUGUUCACUGUUUUUACUGUUUCCAAUGAAUCAUUUGAUUCAUAUUAUAAAUUAUUCUCAUUAUACAGGCAAAAUAUUGAGACAAUGUAAGGGUCUUAAAUCUUAAGAUUCAAGGAGCCUUCAUCCUGGAGUUUUUUCUGUUAAAGUAAUCACAGGUAUAAAAGGCUAAACCGGCAUGGAUAGGCCUCUCAAUUGAAAAAUGAUUAAUCUGAUAUCAAGAAAA